AUGGCUACACAAGUAUUACUUUUUCAACUUUUAUUAGUUGGAAUAUUAUGUGGUAUAUUAUUAAAUAAAUAUAGUAAUUGGAAGAAACAACAUAAAAUUGUCCUGUUAUUAACAUUUAUAGGAUGGUAUACUUCAUUUAUCAUAAUUUUUAUACUUCCAUUAGAUAUUGGUAUUACAUUUUAUCAUAAAUGUGUAUCAGAAGUAAUAUCAGUUAAUUUGACUAAAGAUAACUGUGAAUUACCAAAAGGAUUUAUUAAUGAUGAUAUAUUAUAUAAUUUAUGGAGAAUUGUUUACUGGACAUCACAAUUUUUGACAUGGAUUAUAUUACCAUUAAUGCAAAAAUAUUCAACUGCAGCAAAUUUUACAACUAUGCAAAAAUUAAAAUCAGCUGUUUAUAAUAAUGCUAUAUACUAUAUAACUUAUUUUAUAAUAUUUAUCUUUUGUUUGCUUUAUGCUUUAUCUAAAGGACUUUCUCUUAACUGGGAACAUUUAAAAACAUUAGCAGUCACAGCAUCAAAUACAUGGGGAUUAUUUCUUUUAGUUGUAUUAUUAGGGUAUGGUUUAGUUGAAAUACCAAGAAAAUUAUGGUUAAUAUCAGAUCCUGAUUAUCGUUUAAAUAAGUUAUAUUUUGAUUUAAUGAAUAUUAAUCAAGAAAAAAAUGAAUCAGAAGAAGUUACAAAAGAAGUUUAUAAAGAAGCAAAAGAAGUAAUAUCACUUCUUCGUAAUGAUAAUGAUGCUGUUGUAAAAGCAAAAGAAAUUAUAUCAAAAUUUUCUAAUGAAUUAGUAAAAGAAAUUCAAGCAUUAAAAAGUCAAACAGAUUAUGCAUCAAUGGGAGUUAGUUUAGCUGAUAAAUCUUUAAUUCGAAGUAAUCCAUAUUUAAUUAAAUUAAAUGGUAAAGUUAUUGAAUCUGUUCAAAAUUAUAAUAGAAGUAAUGCAAUAUAUAAUGCAAAAGUAAAAAAAAUUCAUUUUUUGGAAGAUGUUGAGAUGGCUAAAAAAAAAAGAUCUUUUGUUAAUUGGAAACAUAAAUAUAUUUUUAAAAAUUAUAUUAAUUUACCACCUAAAUUUUUAUAUAUUUGGUAUGUUAAUGUAAAACCUUGGUUGAUAAGAUUAAUUGCUUUAUUAUGUACAACAAUGACAUUAAUUAUUAUAUGGUCUGAAUGUACAUUUUUUAUUUCAUCCCAUAAAAUAUCAUUUGCUGCAUUAAUAUUAUCUACAAUUGCUGAGGGAAAUCAUUAUAAAUAUGUUCAAUUAUUAUGUAUUAUUUUAAUAUCCUAUUUAUGUACAUGUGCAUAUUAUUCAUUAUUUAGAUUGAAGAUUUACAAAUAUUAUCAUUUAGAUUCUAAUCAUCAAACAGAUGAAAAUAGUUUAUUAUUUAGUGCUACAUUACUUUGUAGAUUAACACCACCAAUAUGUUUAAAUUUUUUAGGAAUGAUACAUAUGGAUUCACAUGUUAUUUUAACAAAUAAUACUUUUAAAAUUGAGACACAAUUUACAAAAUUAAUGGGUCAUUUAGAUGUUUUACCUUUAAUUGGAAAAGGAAUAAGUAUUUAUAUGCCAUUGACAAUUGCAUUUUUUUGUGUUGGAACAUAUUUAAGAAUUGUUACAAGAUUUUUACAUUUUAUUGGUAUUGAUCAAUUUAUGGAAGAUGAUGAAUUAACUAUUGAAAUUAUUAAUACAGGAAGAAGAAUUGCAGAUUUAGAAAGAAGUAAAAUACAAAAAAAAUAUAAAAAAAGAAAUAUAAAAGAACAAAAAAGUAGUGAAAAUGUUUGUGAUGAGGAAAAACAUAAUAUUUUUACAAAUAUUGAAACGAAACCAUUAGUAAAAGUUAAUGACGAUAUUUUAAUUGAAUUAGAAAAACCUGAUUCACCAUUUUUAAUUGAAUUUAAUGAUACAGAUAAAUCAACAAACACCACUUGUUCACAAAAUAUAUUUGAUGAUCUCUAA